CUCUCUAUAAGGUGUCCUGCUUCUUUGGAAAUGCUCUGUAACACUGACAAGGCAUCGGAGUUUGAGUCUUGCUGUACCUUUAGUACAGUAACUAGUCCGACUGAAGCGCUCUGUAACUGCACUAGCUUUGAAUCGCUUACUUAAAAAAAUAGACAAGCUGGAAGACACCCUCUGAGAUCUUUGGAGUGCAUUAGAAAGUGGAUAAACCUGCUUUUUGCAUUGUGGAUUUUUUACUUUUAUUUUGAUAUUCAUUUUUAGGAAAGCUUGGAAAUGUGUUCUGGAAGAAAUCAAAGGACCUGGACAGUUAUUUGCAUUGUCUUGUUGUUGGUUUUAUGCUCAUCUGAAGGAGAGGCGGCCCGGAGCUGUUCCCGUCCGUGCUCGUGUCCCCCGUCUGCGCCCUCCUGCCCGCUCGGAGUGAGCUGGGUGUUGGAUGAGUGCGGCUGCUGUAAGGUGUGCGCCCAACAGUUUAACCAAGACUGCGGCCCUGACCGACCCUGUGACCACAUCAAGGGCCUGCGCUGCCACCUGGGGGCCGGAGGAGACCCUCGCCGGGGACUCUGUAGAGCUGACGCUCAGGGGCGUCCGUGUGAGUUUGGUGGGCGAGUGUAUCAGCACGGAGAGGAUUUCCAGCCCAGCUGUCAACACCAGUGCAGCUGUAUGGACGGUGUGGUGGGCUGCAUGCCUCUGUGCCCACACAACAUCCCUCUGCCCAGCACACACUGCACCAACCCUCGCCUGGAGACGCUGCCGGGCCGCUGCUGCGAGGAGUGGCUGUGCGACCAUGAUAACAGCAUCAGUGAAGAGCCGCCGGACCCCCGUCCUCAACACACCCCGUCCAACCACAUCAGCAAACUCCUGCAGAGCCCCGACAGCUUCCCGUCCAGAAGGGGCUCCUUUCAAGAGUGGUCAUCUGUGCCGGUGUCUCUGGUUCCCGUCCCAACAUCCAAAUGCUUCCCACAGACCACCGACUGGUCAGAAUGUUCUGCUUCCUGUGGGUUUGGCAUCUCGAGUCGAGUGACCAAUAGUAAUGCACAGUGCCGGCUGGUUAGAGAGACACGCCUUUGCCAGAUCCGAGAAUGUGACAUCUCUCCAGCUAUGAAGAAAGGAAAGAAGUGUGGACAGACAGUGAGGUCUCGGGAACCAGAGCAGAUAACGUUCGCCGGCUGCUCUACGGCUCGCCGCUACCGGCCUCGUACGUGUGGCUCGUGUGUGGAUGGCAGGUGCUGUCAGCCGUCCGCAUCCCGCACGUUGCGUCUGCGAUUCCGCUGCCCGGAUGGCGAGAACAUCACACGAAAUGUCAUGUGGAUCCAGCGCUGCCGGUGCAGCAAAAGCUUCUGCAGGCUUCAGAGGGAGCUUUCCUCACCCAUCGUCAGCCUUCACAACGACAUACACACCUUCUCUCACUGAACGCACACUCCUACAUUCAACGCGCCAUCAUUGCAUAAUGGCUAAAAAUCACUUUUUUUUACACCCGUUCUCAGGGAUGUUACCUGAACUGUAGAAUAGUAAACUUCUCCUCUGUCAGCCGCCGCAUUUCAGUGCUCCAUGUCACUGCCGAUUUGUAUAGUUAUUGCACUUUAUGUGUUUCUCUUUUGCUUUGGCCCUGUUCUGGUGUGAAACUCAUGAAAAUAUGUCCAGGUCACAUUUCUUGACAGAUUUGCCCUCCUCUUAUGCACCUGUUUGCCCAUGUGUUCACUUCUGCUUUUAUUUAUUCUGAUAUUUUUAGCUUUGAAGUGUUUUAUUGAAUCUCGAAGGAUAAGUGAAUAUAUUUGGCUUCAGAUGAAUGACUUUCCGUCAUUCGAAGGUUAAGAAAAUGCACUAGUAUUGAGGGAGGUGAGACUGUGUUACAGAUUUUUAAUAAUGUUUGCUUUUAAACUAAUAUAUUUUCUGUCCAUUCUUUAUAGUGCAGAGUUUUUACUCUGUAUACAGAUGUCUUUUGCAAUUUUAACAAGUUUAUGUGUGGAAGAAAGCAAUGAUGGAGACUGUUUUAGUACAGUGGAGACUUGCUUUGUCUUUUGUACAGUGUACAGGCUUCACUAUAGGUGGAGUGACUCUUUGAGACUGCUUCAUUUUUCGGGGCAUACUUUAAAUUCUUGACGCUCUCUUGUAUAGGAGUGAAGGACUAUUUGUAUAGUUAAGAUGAUGAAUAUACAUUACUUUGCUGAUCAGUUUGUGUCACAAAAAAUAAAACAUUUUCAGGAAAAAUGCUUGUCUGUAACUAGGGUUGCCAACUUCUGGAAAGGAAAAUAAGGGACAAUCUUUAUAGGAGAAUAAGGGACACUCAAAAUAUUUGUACUGUACCACACAGUGUAUGUCAUUUCAGUAUCUGCACAUUUGGGUAAUUUCUUGUCAAAAUCAACCAAAUUUCAGCUGAGAUUUGCAGUCGGAUUACAGGGGGUAAAAUUGGUUGGCCUGUUAGUUAAAUCUGUUGACGUUAGCAAUCUUUGUUGCAUUAUAUGCCAACAGUUCAAAAAAUGGCAAAAAGCACUUCUUGCAUUUCUGUAACUCAUAUUACAGAUAUCUUAAAGUCCUUUUAGAUUCUAAUUCUUAAGAAACUUUUCUGCGCUACCAUGAGUAAAUUGGUACAUAUUUUCAAAGGUCGCACAUUUUUCUGAAGAACAAAUAAUGUUGAAACUAGAAAUGUAUCUCAACACAACUGAACAUUCCUGUCUGAGUGCCAUAAAUAGUAUUUUUCCAAAAGUUUGUGUGCCUGUAAUUCUAAAAGUAUUAAAGAUAUAUCAAUAUCC